CGCUGAACUUUGAUAUAAGCUGUGACGGGGAGUCGGAUACGAGUCUCGCUGUACGAAGCAGCGGAUUUUGCUCUGUUUACCUGCUACAUUUUUUGCCUUGAAGGAAGCAGCCCAAGCUUGAUAGCGGCAAAUAUUUAACUACUCCUAGCUAGUCCGACCAGUGCGUCGGCCUGCACUCUACAAUGGCCAUUAUUUGACAAAUUCACCUAUCAAGUGUGUUAUAAUGAUGUCGACUGGACUCGGAACGUUUCACUGGAUGUUCAUAUACGCCGCCUCAUAACACGUACUUGACGUCACAAAUAUCGAUCGUCUGCUUCCCUGACCGCCGCCUGUCGUCUGCUCGCUCUAGGGUUGCGCGGGACAUACGCUAUAGGCAGGUAAAACAAAAUGUCCGACUAUAAAACACUGAAGGAGAGACAGCUGAGGAUUGGGGGGCUGUAUGAAGAUGACGAUUUCCCCGCUGAUGCCAGGUCGCUGUACUAUAAAGGGGAAGGGUCGCCAUACGUACAGUGGAAGAGACCUAAGGAAAUCGCCAAGGACCCCAAGUUUAUCGUCCAUGGAGCCAAGUACUAUGAUAUGCAGCAGGGGGAACUCGGUAACUGCUGGUUUGUGGCGGGAGCCGUUUCCCUGGCGAGUUACAACCGGAAGCUGUUCAACAGAGUCGUGCGCACUGACCAAGACUUUGACAAGGAUUACGCUGGGAUUUUCCGGUUCUAUUUCUGGCAGUACGGCGAGUGGCGGGAAGUCGUGAUUGAUGAUCGUCUGCCCACAAGGAGCGGCCAUCUUAUUUUCUGCAGCAAUGAGAAGGAGCCCAAUGAGUUCUGGUGUCCGCUCCUUGAGAAGGCUUAUGCCAAGCUGUAUGGCAGUUAUGAGGCCAUCGACGGAGGCCGGAUCCAUGAUGCUAUGGUAGACAUGACGGGUGGUAUAUCCGAGCUUAUCGACCUCGUUGAACACGUCCAGCCGCGGGACUCGCUUGCACGUGCCUUGCAGGACUGCAGCCAAAUGAACACCUUGAUUGGAGGGGCUAUAUUUAAAAAAAUCAAUUCCUUCCGUCGUGAGACCCGACGUCCCAACGGCUUGUAUGAAGGCCACGCCUACAGCAUCGUCGACAUGGUCACAGUAGAGUUACACGGGAAGGAGGUGUUAUUGUUGCGCCUGCGGAAUCCUUGGGGCAGGGGCGAGUGGAAUGGUGAUUGGUCGGACGGCGACCUGAACUGGAAGCUUAUUAGUCCAAAGAAUAGGUCGGAGAUCGACUACCACAAGAAGGCAGACGGAGAGUUCUGGAUCAGUAUUGAAGAUUUCCUCAGGAACAUUGACGAAAUCGAGAUGUGCCACCUUUACCCUGACGCCCUGACUCAGGAGAUUGCAGUGGACACGAAGAAGAAGCAGUGGGAACUGAAGGAGUUUCACGGCGCCUGGAUCCGAGGCGUCACAGCCGGAGGACCCCUGAAAAGUUUCACGUCAAGGUUGUUCUGGAAGAACCCCCAAUACAAGCUGAGGCUUGACAAGAUGGACACCAAGGCCAGCGUCGUUGUGUCUCUCAUGGAGGUCAGCAACAAACUUAUCAGGGAUGUGGCUGAUGUUGCUAUAGGAUUUGUAAUUUUCAAGCUGAAAGAAGGGAGACAACCCAACCGACUUUCUGGUGAGAACUUCUACGAGUACACCCCACAGUUGGAAGAGACGUCGGGGAAGUUUUGGCCUUACCGUGAGAGGACGCUGCGGUUUGAGUUGGAACCAGCAACAUACGUCAUUGUUCCAUCUACCUUCAAGUCGUCUAGUGAAGCCAAGUUCUAUCUCAGGGUCAUGGCGGAAGUUGCCCCGAAUGCAAGUCCAAUAGAAGAACCUACUGGUCCAAUUGGAGAUGACCAUGACUUGACGGCAGACACAAUGGAGACGUCCUUCAAGAAACACGCCGGAUCUGAUGGGAGAGUAGAUGCUUCUUCACUCCGGAACAUCCUCAGUGACACAAGGAAAGACGAGUAUGGAGCCAGCGACGGCUACAGCCUAGAGACAUGUCGCUGCCUCAUCGCCUUACACGAUUUUGAAGUUGAGGGGAUGUUGGAUCUGGCAAAGGCAAGAAAGUCCUGGGACACUGUCAAACUAUGGACGAGAGCCUUUAAAUCCUUUGAUGUGGAUAACACGAAGUCAAUAGACUCUUACGAGUUGGGAGAGCUUUACAAGAAAGUCGGGUUCGUUGUGCGGUCUGAGGUGCUGAAGGCGGUGGUGCGGAGAUACGGAGGGCGUGAUGGCCUUAUCAGGGAGGAUGACUUCAUCCAGAGCCUCUGUAAAAUCAUGACACUGUACUAUAUAUUCAAGGACAAUGCAAAGGAUCAGAAAGUUACAAUGGACUUAAACCAGUGGCUGACGAGCACACUGUACACCUAACUUCAAAGUGCGGUUGGUCACAGGGGUACUAACGCCGUCAACAAGUGCUUUGUGUGACAUGUAGAUGCAGAGUGUAUGUUCUCUUCAAUGGUUUUAUGAAAAUGUCAGUUGCAUAAUUCAUUUCCUUUUCAUUUCCAAUAUUAAUUCUGCUUUAUUUCCUCAGUAUUUCUAAACGGUUGUCUUUCAUUAUAUCUAGCAAUAAAUCACGUUUUUAUUUCCAUUCCUAAUAUAGGGGACAUGGCUGUGGUACUUGUUAUUAUUGGUAUUGAAUUCAAGGGGAAAGAUCCCUUGUGUAACACUGCUGAGCAUGAACUAGACGUUUUGGUUUAUGGUUAUUUUUGUAUAAAAAAACUUACAACGUUGCUAAUUUCAGAGUAAAUCUGUUAAAUAGUUGAGUUUAGUGAUAGUGUAAUAAUAUCAAAAUCUAGGGAUGGAAAUGUUCACUGCUCGGUGCACGGCAAGUGGGUUACUUAACACUAAAUCUGUCUCUGUAAAGCCACCAUAUUCUUUUACCAUUCCAAGUGCCCCGUAUGAUUAUACAUGUAUAUCAAAGUAUCAAAUAUGCAUGCCUCUCUUAAAAACAUAUCAGUAUGAUUGUGUACAAAUGGGUGGUGUCACUUUCUGUCAUAAUGUUAGAUGUCACCUUUUUAGCUUAAAUACUUUAUAUAUAGCACUAUACACUUUGAAUAAUAAUGCAUUUAAUUAUUUUUGAGUGCGUAAUAUAUUGACAUAUAUUUCGUCCGUCUCUUUGUCAUGCAUUUUAACAUGUAUUUGUUGGGCAGCUGGCAUGUACCUAAAACAUGUGUGUCAAGCAAUGAAUGUUUUCACAAGUCAGCCUCAAAUGGAACCGCUAAAUCAACUGAAAAUGAACUUACUGUGCAACAUAUGUACAGUAAAUAUUGUAUAUUCGUGUGUUAAAAAGAACGUCAGUGCAGUGAUUCGGCCUACCAAUAUUGGGGUUAUAAUUAAGUAGUGUUCUAGAAGCUGCAGUAUGGAAGAAGAAAACUGACUCCUGAAAUCCAAAAGCCACCGCUGUCUUUAAGAAUCGUGUUAAUUUUGAAAGUUUAAAUGUAUGUUUGUAUUUUCUAUACAAAAUAAAAUCUAUUUUCCACAAAA